GAAUUGUGGACGUACCUUACUUGGUAUUGGAACCUACACACAACAAGCAGGACUUUGCUGAUGCUAAAGAAUAUCGGCAUUUGAUGAGAGCAAUGGGAGAACAUAUGAUACAAUACUGGAAGGACGUAGGAAUAGGUGAGCUAUUUAUGUGA